UGUCAACAGGCGCUCCCAGCCUUAGUGGGUGAGACACAAGGACACAAGUCUUUGUUUCGGACUCUCAACUCCGGUCCCCCCUCAGCCUACACGGGACUCCGCCCACUCCCUGCGAUUCCGUCACCGCUGCAUCCCAUUGGGGACCGUAGUAUCUAACCGGUUAAAGCUUCUAUGGGAGGCGUGGCUUUUUGUACUUGUAGCCAAUCGAAAUACAGAUCCUCCCAGGGUAGAGGGUGGUGGCGCCGUUUUCGAAUAGAAUCCAUUUGGGGACAGAGCGGACCGUGUAGAUUUACCAGAGUGAAAAAAGAAAUGUCGUCCAUUUUGCAAAGUGUUGGGUGGAGGAACCACAGUAUUCUGGAGAAUCUAGAUGAACUAGAUAGUCCCAAACCUGACAAAUUCAAGAAGAUGCCCUCAUCCAGUUCUCUAAACACGCUGCGUAUGACCCUGAGAAAGCGAAUGCCUCUGAAAGAGGUGAAAAUCAACAUUAACAACAUGCCAAACUGGGACACUAUGCCUGCAAUGAAAAAGCAACGCUCUCUGACGUCCGUGACUGUCUCAGCAAGAAGUGUGUUUGGAGCAAUGUCACAGAAAAUAACAAAAACUAAACAAAACAAAACCCAAUACUUACUGGCCUCUCCAGAGCAAGUGAAAGCCUCAAAAAGACUGAACCGUACACCUGGGAGUGGCAAGAAGGGCAGCACGCCAAAGAAAUGUAACACGCCAAAGAACUGUGGCACACCAAGACGUUCCCAUUACAGGCUGAAAGAGGAUGCCAGCCCCAGUGUCAGGUUCACCCCGAAAUCCAGCAAGAUCUCUCCCCACUCAAGCAGGAGGGCAGGCAGUGCACAGUGGAAAAGCUUUUCCAACUUUGUGGGAAAAGAUAAACUGCCACUAAGGAGGUCUUCCAGAGCUGCAGCAUUAAGGAGCCCAUAUUCCUCGCCAGUUGCUGUUGGCAAGAGAAGGCAAUUUGACAAAGACCUUGAAGCUAUCUCCACAGGAAUCCGGCAGCUCAAACGUCUCUCUAGGGUUUUUGAUGAUGCCAUUUUGAAGGAAGAAAGCGACAUGUCACUUCUUCUCAUUGAUAACUGAAGAUAAAAGCCAGAAAAGAAGCCAUUUUGAACUAUCACAGUUUAAUGGCUAAUAAUUUGCAUUGUGCGGGUCGCUCUCGGCCGACUUUGAGAAGAAGCACCGGGAGAUUUCAGCAUACGCUUGGAGGCUGGACAGAAAUGGCUUUAACCAGUAUUGGCAACAUUGGUGCCCGAUAAUUAUUUGCUUUGUGAAUGGGUUUUAUAUCUAGCCAACUUUAUUCCGACUUUUGCUCACUAUCUACUAACGAUCAUACUCCAUUUGCAAUAUUUUCUGUACCACCCUUAAUUAGCUGCAAAGCCUGAUUAUCAUCUGGCUUUGUUAUUCCAUACCAUCGGUCAUGUGCAAUGCAUUAUACAUGUCAUUGCUUUCUCAUUCGCUCUAUAGGUUCUGUUACAUUUUUUCAUAAUGCAAUCUUAUUUUCAUCAGGUGAUUUAGCAACCUGUUCCUUUUAAGAAGAAAACGCAGGUCUGCUUUAGGCCGAAGCAAUCCAAGAAUUCAGGCAUUAGUAGAACAAUGUGCAGUACCAUUAUUAAGCAUGGCCAUCAAUAGUUGCUUUGUGCAGUGACCUGUAUAAUGUUAUGUCAGUUUUCUAUAUAUAUCAUGUAUUUUUUUCUUUCAUCUGUACCAAAUGAAUAUAGCAAAGUAUGAGAAUAUAGCAAGUAUGAGAGAGCCAGAUGACUUCCCUGUAAUUGAUAAUGGAUAACAUCAUUGCUGCAAUGAAGAAUAUAACUUGAAGUAACCUAUACAUGUUUUUGGCCUUUACUGACACUUUUGCAGUAGGUUUUUUAAAUAUUGAAGAGAGUCAUUGCCUCCUUUACUAGAAUUCAUUGCCCAAUCUACAGAAUUCUAGUUUAUUCUAGAAUUAGAAAAUUCUAUGGAAGCAAUGAUUUAUUGGUAAAUAUUACCCCAAACAAAGACCUUGGUAUCUUGAAAGAAUGUCUCAUAUACUGUAUAUGUAUGUAUAUAUGUAUAUAUAUAUAUAUAUAUAAUUGGAAGUGGGGCAAUUUGAGGCAGUUUUUAGUAGUUCAUAAAGUGCUCCAAGUGCCAUCCGCAUUAUUGUUUUCUAUGCAGAGUUUUAAAAGGAAUCCGUACUUCUCUCAUAAACCUUUAAACCUUGAGUUGGUUAAGGUGGUCUCUUAAAGAACUAGGCAUACACAACUAGAUCAAGGGAAUGUUACAAAAUUCUCCUUUACUCAUGGUGAUACAAAAAGAGACUCUGUUUUAG